CUCUCUUUUCUCUCUCUCUGUAGGACUCUGUUUCUCUCUUUCCUUCAUUCUACCUCCGUGGUACCCUUUUCUUUUUGCUUUAUCUUUUGAGUAUCUGUAAAUUUACAACAAAAAUCUUCUCUUUUUUUGUUCCCCCCCUUUUCUUCCUCUUUUCGCCUCGGGUUCUGCUUUGUGUAUGAUUCUGUAUCGUGGUAUAAGAGGGAGGGAGGGAGGAGUGUGUUGGGUUCUGAAGUGAGAGUUCCUGAUAAUGGAGAAGGAGAAGAAGCUGAGUUUUGUGAGAAAUGGUGAGCUUAGAUUACCACCUGGGUUUCGAUUUCACCCAACAGACGAAGAACUUGUGGUCCAAUACUUGAAGCGCAAGGUCUUGUCUUAUCCUUUGCCUGCCUCAAUCAUCCCUGAGGUUCAUGUCUGCAAAUCAGACCCUUGGGACUUGCCAGGUGAUAUGGAACAGGAGAGAUAUUUCUUCAGUACCAGAGAAGCUAAAUACUCUAAUGGAAGCCGAUCCAACAGAGCUACACAUUCUGGGUAUUGGAAAGCCACUGGUUUGGACAAGCAAAUUCUGACUUCAAAGGGAAAUCAAGUCGUGGGCAUGAAGAAGACUCUGGUUUUCUACAGAGGCAAGCCUCCUCAUGGGUCUAGAACCGACUGGAUCAUGCAUGAAUAUCGCCUUCACAAUAUACAGAGCUCGGCGGUGGGGAUGCAGAACUGGGUACUUUGUCGCAUAUUCUUGAAGAGAAGAAGCACGAAUGUGAAGAGUGAAGAACAGAGUAGUUUCAGAGUGAGGAGGGAUAUGAACAGAUCAAGGCCUGUGUUUUAUGACUUCUUAGCACAGAACGAGAAUGCGACUACUGAUUUGAAUCGUACACCUACGUCGUCCACGUCAAGCAUCAGCGGAAUCACACAUCUCUCUUCUCAUGAAUCUGAUGAGCGUGAGGAAAGCAGUAGUUGCAACAGCUUGCCGUCUCUUGCAAGAAACCCGUGACAACCUUUAAUUCCUCCUUCUCUCUCUUCCUUACUUUGUCCUCAUUCCUAGUUAUUGUAUCUUGUACUUUUCGAUGCUCUUUUUUCUAGGUUAUUAUUAUUAGUAUAAUUAUUCAGAAGCGGAUACCGGGAUUACCCUCUGUUUCCUCUAAUCUCGAUAAGAGUAAUGAAUGGUACUGUUCAGUUGCGUAAUCCCAAUUUCUUGCUUCAUCCAACAACGACUCUUCCCCGCUGUAAUUUCAAUCGAAGCAUGGUGUAGAUUAACCUUGUACUA